AUGUUGAAAGGGGCACGCUCCUAUCUUUGGGAGCAGUUGAAAGCGGCAAAACCAGCAUUCAUAGCUAAGAAGCCCCAUUUCAGCUUCAUCACAGUUCAUUAUUUCUGGAUUAUUGGAGCGACCAUUAUCGCGUCAGUCGCCAUAUUCAUAGCGGGAAAGGGGAAACUAGCAUACAUUGAUGCGCUCAUGUUUGCAAGCGGAGCGAACACGCAAGCUGGCUUGAAUCCGGUCGACGUCAACCUCCUCAAUGGGUUUCAGCAGGCAAUGAUUUAUCUGUUUGCCAUGACAUCAAAUCCAAUCACCAUGCACGCUUGCGUCGUCUUUUUGCGCUUGUACUGGUUCGAAAAGCGCUUUCGCAGCUGGGCACGCGAAGUAAGACUGAGACGAAGGACUUUGACGAAAUCCAAGUCCAAGGGCCAGAGCGACAUGCAUAGGACGGAGCAAGGUGUCAAUGGGCGCAACAUCACCCUGGUCCCUCAGAAUGGUCCUAAGCAGAGAAUAACCAAUGACGGGAUUCUGUUGGAGGGGGCCGUUGCUCACCAACCCAAGACAACAGGUGCGAAAAUAAGUGACGAGAGUGACGCAUCAACUGUUUCUGGUGACCAUUCCCAAUCAGCCGAGCCUGCCGUCGUAGAGAAGUCUGAUGAAGCAAGUCCAAGGCAACAAUUGGUUGGACAAGAACGCCGAGGAAGUGGAAACUCGGGACGCAAUCUACCAGCCCACACUGCAAUUACAUUUGCAGAGACAGUCAAGAGAAGCGAUGGCAUGGAAGACGAUGCUACCAAGUUUCCCCAGCAUCGGUCUCAUGCCGAGCACAUUGCUAUUCUAGAGCGUCAGCGCAACCAAGACGAUGACGAGGUUCUUCGUAUCCCGGGUCCGCGAGAUGCCGAGCGUGGCUUAGGGCCUAGAAGGCUCGAGGCAGGUGACAUCCGCGAAGAGGAUGACAAUCGGCUCAAUCUCGCUGCCACAAUUGAUUCAAGACUGGAGAGCGGCAGGCCGGAUUCGGCACGCUUGCGUGAGCGUCAGCCGACGAUUAUCAUCGAGGAGCCUCAUAGGCGCCGUAUGGACGAGCUCGAAGACGGCGUCAAGGCCGCCGGCAGUACCUUGGAUACGCUGAGAUUUCGCAAGCCCCGAAUCCUCAACCGUUCCCAAAACAAGUACCACGAGGAGGACGCUGAAGAUGCGAGACCGGUCAAAGCUGUCCGAACACGCACUCUUGACACCAUCCGCUCUGCGCUGUCUGGUUCCAAAGCGGACGACAUGCCCUACUUGUCGUACACUCCAACCAUGGGCCGAAAUUCCAACUUUGUCGGGUUAACGCUCGAGCAGCGAGAAGAGCUAGGAGGCAUCGAGUACCGUUCUUUGAGGACGUUGUUGAUCGUUCUCUUGGUGUACUUUUGGGGCUUCCACCUCGUGAUUCUUGUUUGUCUGCUGCCAUUUAUACUCCACAACGACCACUACGGUCAGAUUGUCGAGGCGGACGGCGUGAGCAGAACGUGGUGGGCUUUCUUCACUUCGAAUGUGGCCUUUAUGGACGUAGGCUUCACGCUUACUCCUGACAGCAUGAUUUCAUUCAACACAUCCAAGUUCACACUCAUGAUUUCAUGGUUCUUCAUUCUCAUCGGCAACACUGCCUUUCCCGUCAUGCUGCGUUUCAUCAUCUGGGUGGCUGCCAAACUCGCUCCAGUCGGGUCCGGGAUAUGGGAGGAGCUGAGAUUUUUGCUCGAUCAUCCCCGUCGUUGUUUCACGCUCUUGUUCCCAUCCGGGCCGAGUUGGUGGCUGUUCUGGAUCUUGGUCGUCCUCAACGCGCUCGACCUUCUCUUCUUCAUGGUUCUCGACCUGGGUUCUGAACCGAUUGCCAAGUACAGUGUUAGUAACCGAGUGGUCAUCGGCCUUUUCCAAGCCGCGUCGACCAGAACUGCUGGCUUCUCUGCCGUGAAUCUGUCCGACUUGCACCCUGCCAUGCCGGUUCUCUACAUGAUCAUGAUGUACAUCUCGGUAUUCCCCAUUGCCAUCUCAAUCCGUCGAACAAACGUUUACGAGGAAAAGUCUCUUGGCAUGUAUCAGAAGCACGAUGUGGAAGACGACCAAGACGCCCCUGCUCUGUCCUAUGUCGGAACCCAUCUACGACGCCAGCUGUCCUUUGACUUGUGGUACGUCUUUUUGGGAUUCUUCAUCCUUGCCAUGAGUGAAGGCCCGAAGCUUGUCGCUGGCAGGUUUGCCUUGUUCGAUGUCCUGUUCGAGGUUGUCAGCGCGUAUGGUACUGUAGGCUUGAGCAUGGGCGCAAGGGGAGUCAACGCCUCCUUGUGCUCGCAGUUCACCGUGAUUGGCAAGCUAGUCAUUAUCGCCAUGCAGAUCCGCGGCCGACACCGCGGCCUCCCUUACGGCCUAGACAGGGCCAUUCUCCUUCCGAGCGAAGAGAAAUUUAGGCGGGAAGCAGAAGAGCAGGAAGCGGCGUUGGCAAGGACAAAUGCCGCCUUGUUUCCUGCCACCGCAUCUGGUUUCCAGCGCCAGGGCACCAACAUGACUCGAACCCGCAGUAAGAGCCGCGAGCGUGGACGGACCAACAGCGUUGUCCGGUCCUUUCUUCACCCUGGACCUGUCGUGGCUCGAGACGGUCCGUCGCAUCAGCGCGUGGGCUCAACCGACUCCCAAGGUUCCCCAAUCAGUCCGAUGAGGACGUUUACAGAACCCAAACGGGACGGGGACACGGUAGAGCUUGACCCCAUCUCCAGCGCUGCAUCACGAGAUCAGCCACGUAGAGCAGACACUGCUCCGAUGUUCUAG